UGGGUAUAGAUUCGCUCCGAUCGCUGAGUUUCGUGGAGUUGUGGAACCGAAUGGAUUGAUUUUUCCGAUUUGUUCUUUCAUCUUUGUUUCUCCGAUCAAAUUAGCUGUUUAUUCAGUAGUUUUGUUUUUGCAGCGUUUCUUUGAUCAACCUAUAUCACCAGGCUUUGACACUUCAUUGGUUUAAAAAAAAAAUGAUGCCUUUUUCUGGUUACAUGGACUCAAAUCCUAUCCUGAGAAAUCAAACGCCUUACCCUCAACAUUAUUUCCCUGGUUUCGAGGCUGUUCCACCUCAUUUCAAGGCCGAUCUGUCUCAAUCUUCCAUUAUGUAUGAAUCUUGGCCUUGUAGCUGCAGGUACCCUGUUCCUUAUCACGGUUGCUGCAGUCAUGGCAAUUUCCCUGGUUGCUAUAGUCACAGACCACCUUGCCCUCAUUUUGCACCAUCACCCCCAUUUAACAACUAUCCAAAUUAUCCCACAUUUACUGAACCUUAUCCGGUUUAUUGUGCUCCACCACAUUUUUCAAAUGAACAACCUAGAUGGGAAUACGAUAUGGAUCCACACUCGAACUAUCAUUGCUGUGGGUGUCCUAAUCAUGUUCACAACCAGAAAAAUAAUAGAAGUUUAAAGAUUGAAGAGCAGGAGAAUGAUGCUGAGGAAAAGGAUGGUGGUUCAGUGGCUCCAAUUCAACCAAGAAGUUUUCCAUAUCCAAUUGUGUGGAUUCCACCCGAGUAUAUGAAAAGUAAGGAACGUGGUAAACAUAAUGAUCGGAUAGGGAUGAGUGACGCGGGUAAGGUACCUUGUGUUGAUAAGCCUCCCAAAAGUUCAAAACCGACUGAACAGAAGCCGAGAGUUUGGAACGGUUGGUUACCUCUUGACAUGAAUGGAUGGCAAUCUUUGGCGCAGGGUGAAGGGGAGAAACAAUCUCAAGACCAACAGAAACAAGACAAAAUUAUGCAGAUGCCGUUCCCUUUCUUAUGGGCUCCAAAUUCUGAUAGGAAGCAAGAAGCAGAUGAAAACCGAGGUGGACUAUGGAGGACAACUGCUUCAGAUAAUUCAAAACAAGCCCCAAUCACAGUUGAGUAUGUUCCAGUAGAACCUUCUGUCAGUGAUGUUAAAACCGACAAACCUCAAUUGGACAUACAGAGCUCUCAGCCUCUCAGAACAAGAAUGCUUCUGAAACAAAGGGGAAAACGGUUAGUCAAAAAUGUGUUCCUGUUGAAGUAUGCCUCAAAAGAUGAUCUUGGGACUGUUGCUAAAAGAAAAUCUCUGUCCCCUCCGAAAACAUCCAAGCUGCCUCCUGUGUGUCUGAGAGUUGAUCCCCUUCCAAAGAAGAAAAACGGUAAGGGCAAUUCAAGGUCUCCUAGCCCUUCUAAAGGACAAUCAGAAGACACAUUGACAAAGGCCUCCAUUGCUCCAGGAAGCUUAUCUACUAAAUCCGAAGAAGUGUUGGGGCAGCCUACUGUGGAAAGAACAGAAAAAGAGAGUCAUGAAAGUAAAACUGAAGAGGAAACAAAAGAAAGUUUUGAGGAAGUCGUGGGAGCUGAGAAGGAAGUUGGCAGUGACAAAGCUGCAAAUACAGUUGAGCCUGCUCAUGGUCAAUGCAAAGCAGAAACAAAAAGAAUACCGGAUGAUGAAGCAGCCAAGGUCAUCCAAUCUGCCUUCCGAGGAUUCGAGGUAAGAAAAUGGGAACCAUUGAAGAAACUGAAGCAAAUAGCUGAUGUUCGUGAGCAAGUCAACGAGGUCAGAAAUCGCGUUCAAUCUCUCGAGUCUUCCUCUGUUUGUGACAAAGAUGAUAAGCUGAGACUAUUAAUAGGAGAAAAAAUAAUGACUCUCCUUUUACGACUGGAUACUAUUCAGGGCUCUCUCUCAAGUGUGAGAGAUGCAAGGAAAUCAUUAGUAAAAGAGCUAGUGACCCUGCAAGAAAAGCUCGAUGGUCUAGCAAGCAAGUGGCCUGAAGAAAAGAUAAAGGAUCUUGGUAGUGCUGAAUCUGCUGAUUCUAGUGGUCAAGCUGCUGGAAUUGUUAGCAUGGAAAAGGAUGCCAGUAAGGAUGAGGAAGCUGCAAAGCUUCCCUGUGUCGAACAAGGUUUAGAUGAGAAAAUAGAGAGUAGUACCGUGGAUGUCAAUAUCGAGCAUCAUACAGUACUGACAAUCAAAGAGGAAGAUAUGCCACCCAGCCUUGAGCAUAUGAAUCACAUGUCAUCUGUUCCUGAGUUGAAGUUUGACGCCGAUGAGCUGAUUCCAGUGGAUAAUAGCUCAGAAGAUGAUAAACUGGAAGUGAAUGAUCUAUCAAAAGAGGAAAAACCUGAGGUGGUGGAAGUAAAUGAUCAGAUUCCAGUGGAUAAUAGCUCAGAAGAUGACAAACUUAGCUCAUUACCAAAGGCUGAUCAUGAGGGGUUGCCAGUUGACGUAAUUGAUGAGGAACCAAUUGAGGCAGUAUCAAACUACAGUGCAAAAGAUCAAAAAGAGGGUGAAUUUACUAAUAGCCGUGAGCCAGAAGUAGAGAUGGAGCAGAAGCAGAGCCAGCCGGCAAGAACUGAAGAGAAAGAAGGGAAAAAGCAGGGAAGCGAGACUAAUAUGCUUCAAGACGAUGCUCCUUUAGAAUCAAAUGCAGUGCAUGACCUGGCCAAGACCGGAGAAGACAAGAAGCUGAUGGAAGAGAACAAGAAACUGAAGGAGGUCAUGGAGAAACUCAUGGAAGCUGGAAAAGAUCAACUUAGUGCCAUAUCCAACCUGAGUGAAAGAGUGAAAGAGCUUGAAGACAGGAUGGCAAGGACCAAAAAGUCGAGCAAGACAGGGUAUAGAAGAGUUAGAUUUGCACCCUCCUACAAGAAGCCUGCGAAAAGUAGGGCUGUUGAAGUUGCAAACUGAGCUUUCCUCAAAUCUAAUACGUUGGACUGAGUGAAGUUAUCUAAGGGUGCGGUUGAUGUUGUGUAUGUUGAUGAAAUAAUAUCAAUUAUAUGGUUGCUUUUUUUUU